AUGAUCUCAGUCCCUCCUCCCAAAUACAUGUAUCCUUUGCUGUCCAAGAAACGUGCUUUGCCCUGUGUUGCCACCGUACGUAUUGUUCGUAAGGUUGACUGUGGUACCUACUGGGUGGUCGAUAAAUCUGUUUCUGUGCUGUUAAGCAAGCAAAUUGUUCAUCCAGCGUAUGAGCUCUUACCCGAAAUCGAGGUUGGGAAGUCAAUCGCUUGCAUUGCUAGUGUUGUGCGACCAGACAAGGAGUACGCACGUCCAAUGUUUUGCAGGGCUGUGGCCAGCAAUUUCAACAAAUGUGAUGGAAGCUGUAUAAUAUUUUUAGUGGAUUAUGGAGAGACUUUUACAACAAACGUUUAUGCACUGUACAGUCUUAAGGGUCAGCCACCUGCAGUUUGCGAAACACCUGGAGCAGCCUUUUUGUGCGUCAUCAAACAACGAAGUCAGUCUUAUCAACGUUAUGCCAAGCUGAAUCAAGAUGAGACAUACGUAAUUGAAAUAUUUACGGUGGAUGAGAAUGAAAAAUUUUCUGCAUUGUUGUACAGUGUUCCAUCCUUGGAGAUUCCAAAUGACUUACCAGAAGGCGAAAAAUCUGAUGACACGAAGCUGCGCGGUUCGAUGUUGAAGCAUUGGGUUAACCCGAAUAAUGAGAUGAAAAAGAUUAUAAGAUGCUCAGGAGUUCAUUUAAGCCAGGGAGCGUCAUACAGACAGUUGUCUAGAAUCCAUGUUGCUUUGGCUAUAGCAAAAUUGGAAACGAAAAUCGAUAUCCAACACGCCGAAUUGUCGCGCAAAAUUGACAAUUUGAUAAGCUUAAGGCUAUUAGGGAAAACUGUAGCAAGCGAGACAUCGGCUGAAGGAAAUGAAGCGUUUCAUUUGUUUCAGUAUAAGAAUCUAUACCAGAGCGACAAUUAUUACUACAAGCAGUUGGGUUUUAUUACACACUUGCAAACAGAGUUUCCUUUCUAUUUUCGUUAUCAUAAUUAUGAUUUUAAGGGCUUUUUUUCUCUCGCCGUUUUCCGAGCUGGAUGUGGCAAGGGACUAUUGGACGAGGGGUUGCUUGUGGGGACGUUAGUUCCAAAGUGCUCGAAGGAUUUCCCAAAGACAAGCAAUGCUGGUACACAGACUUGCCUGGAACACUCAGGAUUUUGUAUUUCCAGACAUUCCUUGGCUACAACAACCUGCUCUAGCGCAUAUGAGAUUGAGAUGGAGGACAGUUCUUUGUAUGCCUCAGACACUUACAGCUUAGCUUCGCCAGAAAAAAAUACUGGAAAAGAUGAAGGGAGAUCUACUGCAGCAUCGCCGUUCUCAGGCGACGCAUGCGACGAACCAUGUUCCUCAGAUAUAAGGUGUUGGAUAUGCGGUAAAGCUGGUUCAUUAACCAGAUACUGUGUUGCGGAAACGUCGGUAUUCAACUGCCUUUGCGGAAACAUGAUAUCAGCAUCUAGAAGGAAGCGUGUGAAGAAAGAAGUUUUGUAUACUAGUGACGAAUCUAGUUCUGAAGAAUUUGAAGAGGAGGACUCUGUAUGUGAAGCGUCUUGUUGUGGUUAUAACAAAAAAGACAGCUGA